AUGUCUAUUAAUCAUAUCAGGUGGCAAGAUAUUAGUGUCGAGUGUCGGCAAGUAAUUCAUGAUCUAUUGGACGAUAACCAUACUGUCCAACAGGAAUGGCGGUUCAAAAUGAUAGACUCAUCGGCAACAUUAGGCACCGGUAUCUUAAAAGGCACGACACAUUUCUUUGGAGACUAUGACGAGUGUUUGGGUAUUGAUUUACAAACAAUUGAAACGAUACCCAUGCGACAUACUAUUGGAAAUGUGCAUUUCAAAAUAAGGGAUGAAUAUAAUUAUAUGAACGCAUCGAUCGAUUCGUCGAAACACUUAAUGAGCGCACGAUUAGAGCAAUGCGUUCACAGAAAUGAUAAUCCGAUUCAAUGGUUGCAUAUCAUCAUUGGACAAUAA